UGCGCUUGGAUCACAAGGGAUGCCUCGAAGCGAGCACGACGCUGGCCGGAGCGCGGGAGCUAUACCGCGAUCUGGCGCGAUGUGUUCUUGCCUCAUCCGGCCUGGAUCUCGCCAGCGCGUAUUCUCGCAACGGCGAUCUGGAAGGCGCCAAGGCGGUGUUUGAUGCGAUGCCCCGAUCGUCCAGGGCACAAGAUCCCACCGCGCCUAGUCCCAGAUCGGGGAUGCUGGUAGCGCCAGGGCGAUCUUCGAUCAGAUAGAAGAGCGCGGUCUCUUUUCUUGGAACUCGAUGCUAGCGGCGUAUUUCGAGGAAGAAUGGAGCAUCGUUUCUUGGACGAUCAUGCUCACUGUCUACUCCCAGCACGGAUCUUGCAGACGCCUCGACGAGAUGCCACAGCGCGCGGAACUCGGUGGUGGCCGGAUUCGCCCAGCGCAAGAGCUGUUCCACGCGAUACCGGAGCUCGAUCUAGUCUCUUUCACGACGAUGCUGGUGAGAUUAUCACUUGGCCGGGAGGAGCUCUUGCAAGAAGCCGAGAAUCUCUUCCAGGGAAUGAAGCAAAGAGGACUGGGAUCUUCCUUUUGCGAGGACGAUUUGUCGAUGGUGGAGGAAAGGUUUUGGAUUAAAAAGUUCCGGACAGCGCAGGAACUAAUAUGGUAAGAGCAUUGGAUUUAAAAACGUCUAGCUAGCCAAGCAAGCGCGUCAAAAGUUUCAAGGUUUCCAAGAGCUGGCAAUCAGGUUAUGAUAAGCUAGUCAAGGAAUUAAAAAGUUCAGCAUGGUUUCCAAGGCAGAAACGUUUGAUCCGAGGUCCAAGCAACGAGCACGGUUUUCUUCACUUUCGUGGACUAUGGAAGAACGUAAAAAUAAGUUUCCAGCAACUUGAUCAUCGCGAAGAUCCAAACGAACAAUGGAGGCUCUCGACAAGUCAAGCGAUUUGGAACAGAGA